AUGGGCUACCAUAAUAUUGUUGUGCCUCAUUUGGUGUUUAGAAGUAUAUGCAUGCUGUGGUGCGUGUUUACAUGUAUAUUUUGUUUUAUAUGUGUAUAUUCAAGUGUUUGGUGUGCAAAAGAAGAACCGUCCUGUUGUUUUUGUUGUUUUUGUGUCUUUGUGGGUGGACCUCGCUGCUUGUCGAGUUCUUUUUAUUUUUAUUAUUAUUAUUAUUUCUAUGGCGUCCUCUUUAUCUUUUUUCUUUUUCCCUUUGUAGUGUGGUCGAUGGAGGAGCUUCAGGGCACUCUUCGGCAAGCGCAGUGCGCUGUGCUCCAGGCACAAGAAGAUCUGAUUGCCCUCCGUCGGAUGCGGGAUGCGCCGCAGGUGGACGACGGGACGGACGGACAUUUGGGCCUGCAGUUAUCAUCGCAGGCGAAGCAGGAGGAGGCGCUGCGGCACCUCGAGCGGGGCACACACCUCCUCUGCGGCCUUCUUAAGGAGAGUGGCGUGGGCGCAGCGAGGCAGGCGAUGCGGCGGUACUUUGAGGGCCAACUCGACGUGCAGCAGCGACGGGAGGAAAAGUUUCAGCAGCAGCUGACGGUGAAGGACAUCCAAAUUGCCGCUGCGCAGGAUGCUGCUGUGACGGUUUUUCAGAAGGCUGUGGCGCGGCGGCUGCGGAUGCGGGCACUGAACCAAUGGAUACGCCGAGCCCUUUGUGCCCGCGCGGAUCGCCAGCGCGCAGAGAGCGGACGCCGGUUCAGGAGGAGCUGUGGCGCAAUAGCGUGCCGGUAUGCAAUGAUUAGGUCAGGCAGGGAACUGCAGGCGCGGUGCUUUUACCGCUGGAGGGCGAGGCGGCUUGAAGCCGCGUUAAAAGUGCAGCGGAGUCGACAACUGGAGCUUGAGGCGGAACUUCAGUGUGCCCAGCACGAGUUGCAACGUGCCGAGUUGGACUUUCAGCAGCACGUGUCACUUAAUAGAGCGCAUGAACGGCGUGUGCACAACGCAAUCUCCCGCGUGGAAGAAGAGCGAGAGGAGGUGGUGACGCGUCUCAAGACGUCUAUGGGUGAGAUGUCCCGUGAGUUUAGCGAGCGUACGAGCAAUUAUCUGCGGCAGCAGGAGGAGUUGGCACGGUACUAUGCGGAGCGAGAGAGGCGGCUCACACAAUAUGUAAUGACCGCAGAGGAGACGAGUCACAAGGAGGAGCAGCGAGCCGCGGAGCUCGCAACUGUACUGAGAGCGCAGCAGGCAUCGUUUGAUUCAAUGAUGCACGUGGCGUGGAGUGCAGUGGAUAUUUGCGCAUUGGCGAAGAUCCAUUUGCUCCACCGUGCGUCUCUUGCUUUGUUUUGCGAUGCAGUGAAGUGCAACGCAGAGCUGACAGAGCAGUUGAAAGGGCUAACGAGACAGGUGGAUCUCUUUGCCCCGCUGAGCCAGCAGGUGGUGGUUUUGCAGCGACGUUGCGAGGAUGCUGAGCGGCACCUUGAAGCGACCCGUGCGGCACUCACAAGCCAAGAGGCAAGUCUGCGGUGCAGAGCGGCGACAGCGGCGACGCUGUUACACCGCGCCCACGUUGCGGGGCAAACGCGGCGCAUUUGGAAGUCAUGGCAACUGCAUGUAGUUAACCGAAGGCUUGCACUAGUGGAGCAGGCGUCACACGUGGCGUUGAAGGAAGUCAAGAAAGAAGUGUGGCGCACUGCGGCUGAGUGGCGGGAACGGCGUUACUGCACCGCACUGACGCAGCUGCUGCAAGACGAGUUCUUCGUUCGACGUUGUGUCACUGAACUGGAAGGUGCAGCGCGGCAGUCGUUGCGGUACAAGACGGAGCGUAAGAUGACGGAGUCACGCAUGCGCGCAGAGCUCCUGGCAGGGGAGCGGCAGUGUGCGUGGCUGCGGGAGGAUGUUGCCAGGCUAACGGCCCACGUUGAACGGUGGAAGCAGGCGGCAAAAGACAUUCAUCUCACACAACUGCUGAGUGAGCACACAGCUCACCUUGAACGGCUUGUCGCCAUGGAAGACGCGAAACGUAUUUCUCUGCAGUACGAGGAGCUCUGCGAGCAGCAAGAAUUACAGCAAGGCUUUCAUGCCGUGCGCAUUGCUGCAACAUUUCAUGAGGAGAAGCAGGCGAUGCUUGUGGAGCUUGAAAGUGCCACUGGGCAGCUGCAGGAUAUUGGCUGUCUCCUCGUUGAGUAUUGCGCACGAAAUGCGUUUGGCCGGUGGCUGCUGUUUGCCCACAGGAACAAGGAACGGCGAACUCGAAAGCGGAUGGCAGCCAUUGCUGGAGUCGCCGCGUCUUGGCUCGACUCCUCAACGGGAUUGAUAACGAGGGUGCAAGACACCAAACUUCAUAUGCUACUUUUCCAUAUGCACCAGAGGACGGCUUGGUUUGUGAUGACGGCAGAAUUAUCUGCAGCCGAAGCGGCAGCUACUAGAAGCGAGAUGGAAAACAUACGCGCUCAGCGCAACAAACAGUUCUUUAAGGAAAUGAAACGUUAUGGCACACUGUGUGCCGCAAUUACUGAGAAUACUGCGAACUGGUGUGCGGGACGCGAGUGCCUCUGGUUAGAAUUCUGCCAGGAGGUUUGCAGAGCUGCGGCCGUACCGAUUAAGCAGGCAAAGCGGCUUCUUUCCACAGAAAGGUCACUGAUGGCCGAACACGUACGAGUCGUUGUUGACAACAUGCACUCCAUCACCACAGAUGCGCUUGAGGCGCAGAAAGAACGGCAUGAGACAUUGCUUGAGGAGUUAUUGCAAUACCAAACUUUUCUUGAGAGUAGAAUUGCCACCGCGGGUGUUGUAGAAGACGUUGUAGAGCAAAAAAACGUGCGUGAGGAGCGCGAGGCGUACGAGACACGUAUAAGACGAGAGAUGGCGGAUAUGACGGGACGUGUUGAGUCUCUGCGCGCUGAGCUGAGGGAGAGCAAUGUCCGUCGGGGAGAGGAAAGGCGCAGCCACGAGGAGGAGAUGUGCGUGCUGCGUUCCCGACUGCGCGAGCAGGAGGAAGCGGCCCAGCAGGCCACCGCACGGAUGCGUUCCAAACAUAAGCACGAGAUGACGGAGCUGCGGGCAGAGAUGGAUAACCUCCGAAAGAUGUCCGUGGAGCGGCGUGACGCACUCGAUGGCAUCGUGAGGCAAUACGAGCGUGUUUUACUCUCUUUUCAGGAGGAAUUGGUGGGCCGUCGUUCUGCUUUUCUUACCGCUGCUGAAAUGCUGAGGGAUGUGGAGCGCUUUUCGGAGGAGCUCCUGCAUCGGUCGGAAGUGAACCUGCGGCAACUCCUCGAAACGCGGCAGCACGUGGACGUGCGGCUGCGUGGAGGAACAUUGAUGGCUGAGGAGCUGAACGAGCUGCAAAAAGUGCACGAGAGCGAGAAGGCGGCACUCAUGGGAGCAUUGCGGAAUACACAGGAGCAAUCGGAGAAAGCAUGUCGCCAGCUGCGUGAGGAGCGCGAGGCGUACGAGACACGUAUAAGACGAGAGAUGGCGGAUAUGACGGGACGUGUUGAGUCUCUGCGUGCUGAGCUGAGGGAGAGCAAUGUCCGUCGGGGAGAGGAAAGGCGCAGCCACGAGGAGGAGAUGUGCGUGCUGCGUUCCCGACUGCGCGAGCAGGAGGAAGCGGCCCAGCAGGCCACCGCACGGAUGCGUUCCAAACAUAAGCACGAGAUGACGGAGCUGCGGGCAGAGAUGGAUAACCUCCGAAAGAUGUCCGUGGAGCGGCGUGACGCAGAGCAGGGGGUGCCGUCAUAUCAUGAGAAGCAGCAGCAGCAGCAGCAGCAGAGAAAUGCGCUUCAGUUGGAGGGAAAGUGCUACAAUUGUUGUCUGCAGGAAGCAGAGGGCCGAUACACGCUGUUGUGGGAGGAGCUUCAGGAAAUGCGGGAAGUAUGUCGUAUCACUCACUGGAAGCUGGCGGCGAUGUCAAGGAAGGAGUUUAACGCCAGCGACUUCUGCCAAUGGGUCGUGGGCGGUCUCUCGCAGUUUGCAGAGACGGUGACUGCUGCUGUCUUUUGCCUCCUCGACGAGAAGAGUCGUCUGUUUCUCAGGUGCAGCGUCGAAUUCCCUAGACGAGAGCGGCCUGGCGUGACAGACUGGGCGUCAUUGCAUGCACUGCGGGGGAGGUCGCACCACCGUUUUUCUGGUGCCUCGCCCGCCGUAGUGGCUCCGUUGCGCCGCUCAGUUUCCACAGAAGACGUGACGCGGUCAAUGGUGCGGUAUUCAAAAAUGCUUAACGAACAGCGCCGCAAAAAUGACACACGACUUUCUCAAAUUGAAGUGCUCGUAACGCAAUUUGAUGACCUAAUUGAGCGCGGUCGUGCCGUGUCGCAGCUGGAGAUGAGCCCCAGGGACUGUCUGGAGCUCUCCAUGUCGCGUGGUAGAUAA